UAAUCAAUAAAGUUGUCCACACGACAUGAACACAACCAAACCACCAAGCUAUUUAGCUAUAAAAUGUAGAGGACUUCCACAAUUUAAUGUAUCCUGCAACAUAUCUCCAUAUAUCAUUACUAUUCUCCAGCCUUUGUGCGCUUUAUCCUCACUUUGCUCCAUUCAUUCAUAAAAGGUAUUGCUCAUUUGAAUCCUUCGUAUUUUACUGCUUUUAUUUGAUCUCUAUUACUACAUUGUCAAUUCCUUGCUUUCCUACACAUAUCAUCUUUACAGUGAACUUUUUUCCCUCCCUGAGCCAAUGGCUACAAUUCUCCCACCAAAGUUGGAGAGCAUAUGCAUUGAGACUUUACUUCACGUACCAGAAAUACUCAGCCAAGCCAACAAGAGAUGGCACUCUGCUUUUGUGACCAUUUAUUGUUCUAGAACCAUACUUUCUUUUUUUACAGAAUCUCUAUCCAGAAAGAAAAAUACUAAGAUUUCAUGCUGUCCUUCCACCACAAAGGAUCUCAGACCAAGCAAUAGCUUCCAAAUUGAUCGUACAAGUCUUAUUGAACUUGUGAUGGAGAACAAUGUUGACAACCUUCAUUCUCUAGCAGAGAAGCAAAAUGUUGACGUUUCACGCUCUCCAUCUUUCAACAUUAUGAAUCUCAAACCUCUCGCUGAACUUGUGAAAGAGAAAAGUAUUCACAAAUUCCAUUCUCUACACGGAAACAAAAAUCCUGAGCUUUCUCACUGUCCAUCUUUCACCAUUGUGGAUCUCAUACCUGACAAAAGGUUCAAAAUUGAUCAAAAUUGUCUCAUUCAACUUGUGAAAGAGAAAAAUGUUGACUGGCUCCAAAAAUUUGGAGGGGUUGAUGCAGUGGCAUCAAGUCUUCAUACCAAUGCUGAAUUGGGUAUUGAAGGCGAUGUUGAAGAUAUUGCACUCCGACACGAGGCAUUCGGCUCCAACACAUAUAAAAGACCGCCUACAAAGAGCUUCUUCCAUUUCAUGGUGGAAGCCUUCAAGGAUCUUACAAUUUUCAUCCUCUUAGGCUGUGCAACACUUUCUCUUGCGUUUGGCAUUAAAGAACACGGAAUCAAAGAAGGUUGGUAUGAUGGUGGAAGCAUAUUUGUUGCUAUAUUUCUUGUCAUUGCUGUUUCUGCCAUAAGCAACUUUAAGCAAAACAGACAGUUUGACAAAUUAUCCAAAGUCAGCAACAAUAUCCAAGUUGAUGUUGUGAGAGCCGCACGGCGUCAACAGAUUUCAGUAUUUAAAAUUGUGGUUGGAGAUGUUGUUUGCUUAAAGAUUGGAGAUCAAGUUCCAGCUGACGGCCUAUUCUUAGACGGGCACUCAUUGCAAGUGGAUGAAUCUAGCAUGACAGGGGAGAGUGACCAAGUAGAAGUAAAUUGCAGUCAUCCAUUUUUGGUUUCAGGUACUAAGGUGGCUGAUGGCUAUGCACGGAUGCUUGUCACUUCAGUUGGCAUGAACACAACUUGGGGAGAGAUGAUGAGCUCAAUCAGCCGUGACACAAGCGAACAAACACCUUUACAAGCUCGCCUCAACAAGUUAACCUCAUCAAUCGGUAAAGUUGGUUUGCUAGUCGCUUUCCUAGUUCUCGUAGUCUUGUUGGUUCGCUACUUCACAGGAAAUACAACAGAUGACAAUGGAAAUAAGGAGUUCAAUGGUAACAAGACCAAGGUUGAUGACAUAGUGAAUGCUGUGGUGGGGAUUGUCGCUGCUGCUGUUACUAUAGUUGUGGUUGCAAUUCCCGAAGGUUUGCCACUGGCAGUUACACUCACACUUGCUUAUUCCAUGAAGAGAAUGAUGGUUGAUCAAGCAAUGGUGCGGAAGCUCUCUGCUUGUGAGACCAUGGGCUCUGCCACCACCAUUUGUACUGAUAAAACAGGCACUCUCACACUCAACCAAAUGAAGGUGACAAAGUUUUGGCUGGGGAAAGAAACUUUUGCAGCUAUAGCUGGUUCUUACUCAUCAAUUGCUCCAUAUGUUCUCAAAUUGGUCCAGGAAGGAGUUGCUUUAAACACAACUGGUAGUGUAUACAUGCCUAAUUCAGGAUCUGAAAUCGAGUUUUCAGGUAGUCCCACUGAAAAAGCAAUUCUUUCAUGGGCUGUUUUGGACCUAAACAUGGAAAUGGAGCAAUUGAUGCAAAGUUGUACGAUUCUUUAUGUUGAAGCAUUCAAUUCCCAGAAGAAACGAAGUGGAGUCCUUAUGAGGAGAAAAGCAGACAACACAAUCCAGGUACACUGGAAAGGUGCAGCAGAGAUGAUAUUGAAGAUGUGCUCAAGUUACUAUGAUGCUUCUGGAAUUGUAAAAGAUCUUGAUGAUGCUGAAAAGAUCAAAUUUGAGCAAAUUAUUCAAGGUAUGGCAGCUAGCAGCCUCCGAUGCAUUGCAUUUGCACAUAAGCAGGUUUCAGAAGAAUAUCAAGGAAAUAAAAGGCUAGAAGAAGAUGGUUUGACCCUAUUAGGACUUGUGGGACUUAAGGACCCAUGUCGUCCAGGGGUGAAGAAAGCUGUGGAAGAUUGCCAAUAUGCCGGUGUGAACAUUAAAAUGAUCACGGGAGACAAUGUUUUCACAGCAAAAGCUAUAGCCACCGAAUGUGGGAUACUCAGGCUUGGUCAAGACAUGGUCAGUGGAGCAGUAGUCGAAGGUAUGGAAUUCAGAAACUACACGCCAGAAGAAAGAUUGGAGAAAGUUGAUAAAAUUUGUGUGAUGGCAAGGUCUUCUCCCUUUGACAAACUUUUGAUGGUAGAGUGCUUGAAACAAAAAGGCCAUGUGGUUGCAGUUACUGGUGAUGGCACAAACGAUGCACCAGCACUAAAAGAAGCUGAUAUAGGACUUUCGAUGGGGAUUCAAGGCACCGAGGUGGCCAAGGAAAGCUCAGACAUUGUCAUUUUGGAUGAUAAUUUUGCUUCAGUGGCCACAGUUCUAAAGUGGGGAAGAUGUGUCUAUAACAACAUCCAGAAGUUCAUCCAAUUUCAACUUACCGUAAAUGUUGCUGCUCUCGUGAUCAACUUUGUGGCAGCAGUUUCAGCUGGUGAAGUCCCUUUAACAGCAGUGCAAUUAUUGUGGGUGAACUUGAUUAUGGAUACGUUGGGUGCUCUCGCUCUUGCGACUGAGCAACCCACCAAGGAGCUCAUGGAUAAACCACCUGUGGGCCGGACUGCACCACUUAUCACCAACAUUAUGUGGAGAAACCUCUUAGCCCAAGCUUCGUAUCAAAUAAUCGUCCUCUUGACCCUUCAGUUCAAAGGUGAAUCAAUCUUUGGUGUGACGGAGAAGGUAAAUGACACCUUAAUCUUUAAUACUUUUGUUCUUUGCCAAGUCUUCAAUGAAUUUAAUGCACGGAAGCUUGAGAAGAAGAACGUCUUCAAGGGGAUACACAAGAAUAGAUUGUUUUUAGGGAUCAUCGUGAUAACCAUUGUUCUUCAGGUAGUCAUGGUAGAGUUUCUAAAGAAGUUUGCAGAUACAGAAAGGUUGAAUUGGUUGCAAUGGGGUGCAUGCAUUGGAAUCUCAGCACUAUCUUGGCCAAUUGGUUGGAUCGUCAAGGGGAUACCUGUUCCACAAAGACCAUUUCUUAGCUACCUAAAGAUGAAAAAGAUAUGAUCAUGGGCUUUUCUUCAAUACUUCUUAUUGUUAACUCUAUCGGUUCCAGUAUUUGGUAUUUUAUUAUAAUUAUU